AUGAAAAUUGCGUCGAUCUAUUUAAAAUCAUUACAUUUAAAGUAGUAAUAUCGUUGUGUGAAGAUUCUUUAGUCAAUGGUAAUAUUCAAUAAUAAUUAUUUUGACUCUACAGUUGGUUAUCUAGUGGAUUUUGACAGUUAAUUAAAACAGAUGGCAGAACUGCUUUCGGGCUGCUGUCAGUAACCAUUUUAUCUUGUCACUGAUGUUUUAUAAACAAACAUUAACAGAAAAUUAUUAAAUAAACAAAUAUCCUCAAUCAGCAAGGAGUUCUUCAUUAAAGUAACAAGGUAGUCAAGAAAUGUUAUUAUGGAAAAUUUUAUCAAUAAAAACUAAACAGAAAUGACAAGUUUGACUCUGGCAUUAGAUAAUAUUGAUGUGAGUGAGAAUACUGAACAAAUAAGCAAACUUUUUCCCAAGUGUAGACCAAGAAGUGAUAUUAAUCUAAAUCCCAUCAUUGCCUCGGGAAGAGACCAUGAAUGUACAGAAAAUACUGCAAAUACUGUCAUGAAUGUGGACAGUGAAAAUGAUAGGAUAAUCGAAAUAGCCGGCGGUCGCGAAAUUUACUCGCAAAGCAGAAGCAAAGCGGCGCGUAAAUCCCGUAACUCCGUUGUCGGCGAAGAUGGCGAGAAAAAGCCGCAAAAAUCGCCGAUGAGGCAGGGCGUUUGGGAGCUGCGCGGGCGCAACAACGAGGCGAAAAAGCUGAGGAACUCGCGCGACUACACCGAAACGAUAUUCUCGUCGGAGGUAUGCUCGGUUACGCACGAAAACGAGCGCGACGCUUCGACGCCCGUCGAACCCGAACGGGUUAGCAGCCCGGCCGAGAUGAGCUACCCGAGCGAGGUCGUCGUGUUCGACGACAUCGGCGACGCGACGUGGCACGACGACGCACGAUUCCAAAGCGAGGUCAACGUCAACCAACUCACCGCCGCCAACCUCUUCAACUCCAGCGACACCGACAGCGAGAAAGUCACCAAGGUGAUAGGCAACCUGCCGAUCGCGGUUUACGAAGGUUCGCCGCGGCGAUACGGCCAGAGGCAAAUCGAGAACAACUGUACGCAUCCUCAGUUGCCUAGUGCGCAGAGCUUGCUGGCCUCUCCUAGCGUUUAUCCGCCCAGACCCGGGUUUCCGCAAAGAAUCGUCAGCAGCCCCGGUCCGAACGAGAACGAAGCGAAUAUUAAUCUAGAGAACAACACUUUCAAUAAUUCCUCGUCUCCGACCGCUACAUCGACUUUCGAUUAUCUGUACGAAUUUUCCGAGACGCGCAAAGUUCUCGAGGAGUUCUUCAAGUGUCCGCCUCCCGAGGAGGAAAACCGAUUGGAGGCGGAAUUCCAGGAUUUGGAGUACGAGUUGCGCAGGCAAGCCGGCGAGAGCGGCAACUCGUACGUCGGUCAGCGAUUGGCCAAGGAGAGGAGAGGGGAGAGCAAUGAGUUUUGCAUGAGAAUUGAGUCGCCCAGGAAGUGCAUGAACUCGAACGUCAACCUGAUGCAAGAUCACGACAUAACCGAGCACGAGAAUAACUUUUUAGAUUUAUCGAUCGGCACGGGUUCCAGCGGCGAUUUGGGGGAGACGGAGGUGGGCUUGCAAGUCGGGCACAGUAGAAAUUUCACUUUAUCCCCCGAAACCACCGAUUGCGAUUCCAAUUGCGGCGACUUGGAUAGCGAGGUUUCCUUAAUGCUCAUGGAGAAUGAGAUGGGACCGUCUGGGGGCCUCUUAGGAUCGAGCACAGAUUUAACAAUACCGGGUGAUUCAUUACGCUUAUACUCUAGCAUGCCAGUGUUGGAAGACGGCCUGUCUUCGGGCCAUGCUAGCGACACCGACAACAAUAAUCCCACCGUGAUGCUGAUGAAAAGGCAAAUCACGGAAAUCGAACGCGAAAUCAAUCAGGGCAUUUGCAAGAGCAAAAGCAACGUGAAACCGAACGAAAAUGGCGUUUCGCCGAACAAAGAGGGCAGCCUGAACAGCUCGCCCAUCGAUAUUAAUGGUUGUGUCAAUAGUUUCGACGAACCCAAAAUUGAUUCACUAGAAAAAACUCCCCCACCCCCAGCUCCUGCCCCUCACAGGUUAAUGCAGCCGGAGAAGUCGAACGAGGUGGAGGCGGCCAUCAAAGAUAUUAGGUUGACUUUGCAGAGAACGAAAACUUUGCCUUUGAAGUGUCAUCCGGAAGAGGAGCCAGAGGAAAACGUGCCCAGUCCGAUUUGGGUGCCGAGAGGAAUGUCGGCCGCCAGCGGGGAUUCCGACAGAAAAGCCAAUAGCGGGGAAGAAGAAGAGAACGAUACGGAUUUGGAGACCGACAGGUUGCUAGGACAGCAAAGGACUGACGAUCAAGGUUUUUACGACGACAAGGAAAAAGACAGUAAAAAGAAGGGCCGUAACAAAGAAGAUGUCAUUCAACGUUCAGUUUUAAUAGAGGGUGUGCUAUUUCGCGCACGAUACCUGGGAUCCACCCAGUUAGUGUGCGAGGGUCAGCCGACCAAAACUACAAGAAUGAUGCAGGCUGAGGAAGCGGUUUCAAGGAUUAAGGCUCCGGACGGCGAGUCUCAGCCCAGCACCGAAGUGGACUUGUUCAUUUCCACGGAAAAAAUAAUGGUUUUAAACACCGAUCUGAAGGAAAUAAUGAUGGACCACGCUCUGAGAACGAUUUCCUACAUAGCCGAUAUCGGCGAUUUGGUAGUGCUGAUGGCUCGGCGGCGCUUCGUGCCGCACGAGAUGGACGAAGCGCCGAAAAUCAACCGCACUCCGAAAAUGAUCUGCCACGUGUUCGAGAGCGAAGAGGCUCAGUUCAUCGCCCAGUCCAUCGGGCAGGCGUUCCAGGUCGCCUACAUGGAGUUUCUGAAGGCGAACGGCAUCGAGGACCACAGCUUCGUCAAGGAGAUGGACUACCAGGAGGUGCUCAACUCGCAGGAGAUCUUCGGCGACGAGCUGCAGAUGUUCGCCAAGAAGGAGAUGCAGAAGGAGGUGGUGGUGCCGAAGGCUAAAGGCGAGAUUUUGGGCGUGGUGAUCGUCGAGAGCGGCUGGGGCUCGAUGCUGCCCACGGUGGUGAUCGCGAACUUGGCGCCGGCCGGGGCGGCCGCCCGAUGCGGCCAGCUCAACAUCGGCGAUCAAAUAAUAGCGAUUAACGGCGUCAGCUUGGUCGGUUUGCCGCUGUCGACGUGCCAGAAUUACAUCAAGAACUCCAAGAAUCAAACUGUGGUUAAAUUGACUGUCGUUCCUUGCGCCCCGGUUGUCGAAGUGAAAAUUAAGAGACCCGACACGAAGUACCAGCUCGGAUUUAGCGUUCAAAACGGAGUUAUUUGCAGUCUACUGAGGGGCGGCAUAGCGGAAAGAGGCGGCGUGCGCGUAGGUCAUAGGAUUAUUGAAAUUAACAAUCAAAGCGUUGUUGCUGUCCCCCACGAGAAAAUCGUCAACCUGCUGGCGACCUCUGUGGGAGAAAUCUUGAUGAAAACGAUGCCGACUUCCAUGUUCCGGCUGUUGACGGGGCAAGAGAAUCCGGUGUACAUCUAAAAGCGGUAACGCGAAGGUCUGAAAGUGCCUACAAGUAGUUGAUAUUGAACUGUCCUUGGGAAUUGUUUUUUAAGUUUGAUCGUGCUUGGCCGCAGAUCGAUAUAUUUUUUAUUGUAAGUAUAAGUUCCACAGACUGAAGACAAUACAAGCAAGACCUGCGCGCUCUGCACAAAAAAAAUUAAACGAUGACAAAAAAAAAAUUGAUGCGCUGAGCUUUCGUGAUAGACCAUAUCUGCUUUGUCGCGUAAUAAUAAUUAUUUAUUUGUUUGUUUGUUGUGAAUGUGAAGAGCAUACCAAAGACUGGUUGGCUUAUCAACAUAAUCUAUUCUCAUUAACUAAAAUUUACCGAUUUUCCUAUUGUUCAUGGGUUCAUAGGUUCAUUCAAUUAUAUAUCCCCCUAACUCAUCACUGCAUAAUGUUCGAUUUUUAGUUUGCAAUGGCCUAGGUAUUAACUAACAAUGCUUGUAUUUUAGUUUUUCAGAUAUAUUUAAUAAGACUGUUAUUAAUCUUAGUUAAGGAAAUUGCUUGUUAUCUGAAAAGCUCUAUAUGUAUGGUCAUGGUCAUUCUUUUUCUCGUUGUAUACCAACCAAGCCGUCAAAAUGUUUUUUUUUCUCCAAAGUUGGUUUGUAUAUUGAUAUAGGCAACUUUGAAUGAACUUUAACCUAUUGAUGAGUGAGUCGACAUACUGUACGUUGUCUCCAAAUAUUGAUUUAUUGACAUUUGCCCAACCUCGAAAUGCUGGCUCAAAAAAAAAAUUAUAAGAAAUCAAUGUAGCACUAUCUAGUCAGCAUCAAUAGAAAUUAUUUAAAUGUGUACGUGUUUUGUUUUUCUAGUGUAUUAGACCAUCUCUUCCAUAGCUAUUUCCUUGUGCUUGUUAAAGAAGGUCUAUUAUAUUAUUUGUUUGUGCCGUUGAAUUUGUGUUGGAAACUUUUUAACCAAACCCCAAUAUGUUUUAUUUUUUUUAUUCAAUAUUCAAUAUAGGGUAUCAACUAUUAUUUACAGGGUGUGUUUAGCUAGUAAUUAAAUUCUAGAGUCAACAUAAUUUUUCUUAUGAAAGAUAUUUUUAUAAAUAAAUUAUUUUUAUACUAAUAACAUAAAUGUACAAAUUUUGUUACACAACAAUAUCACAUUAAUAUUUAUUUUUUCAAAACGCUGUAGACAUAAGUAGGUUUUUUAACACCCUGUAUGCUUUUUCUUACUUAAUACCCAAUUUAGACCAACUGGGGUAUACAAAGUAAAGCUGUUUUUCUUGUUAUAUUUAUAUUGAGGUAUAGGUAAAUGUUUAAAUUGGGUGCUCAUAGAAUUUCUAAAUGUUAAUUGAUAUUACUAUUAUUAGAACUGAAUAUUAUGUAAUAUAUAUAACUUGGUACAAAACUAGCCUAGAUUAUAAUAAUUGAUAGAUAAUACAAUAAAAUCAUUUGCAGUUCCUUAGGUAGGUAUAUAAAAUAAAUAUUCCCGACACAAAUUUGAUGGCCAAAUUUAAGCAAUUUUAUUUAAUAUUAUUUAUUUGUAUAAAAAAUACUCUUAUUAAUUUUAUUAACUGUUAUUUUUUCUUUACCACUGAUUUACAAAUAACAUUACAGUUAAAAAUAUUUUAUGUGUUAUUAUUAAAUGGAAUAAAAUACUAGUAAAUUUUUUUCCACGCCUGUUAUUUUUAUAUAAAACCAUAUCAAACCCAGAAAAUCACAUUCCAAAAAACUCUUUCUUCUAUGUAGUUAGCAUUCAAAUGUAUAAUAAAAAGUAUUUCAUGUGUAAUAAAUAUUUACUACAAUAUUAA